CUAUACGUACCAAAAAUUUAGUGCUUCGCUAACAACCAUUUUAGAUGUUGCAAACUUGAUUUUCCUCUUUGUAAACAUAAUGAAGGACAUAUCUUGCUUCUGCCUAACUUUAUCAUCCUUGUGGAAACAGAUGGUGCAGGCUUACAAAUGUAUCUGUGGUAUUUUCUCAGUGACUCAUACAGCAGAACAACAGGAUUCAGACUGUAACAGGCAGCCAACCAAGAUGGACGUAACUUUACUUGAGGAGCAAUAUGACUGUAUAAAACAGAAGCAAAAGCAGCAAACACACAUUAUUGUGUUUAAAACAGGCGAGAAUCAUCCUGUUCAUGAGGAAUCAACGGUCAAUGCAAUUUUACUCAAUAAGAAAAUAAGGAAACCAAAAGAAUUUAAAGAACACAUUCCUGUCAGAAAGAUCACCCUGGAAUUAACUUAUAAUGACAAUGUACAAGACAGUUCACUAUGGCGUACUCACCUGGGAAUCCACCGCCUACUGCAAACUGAUUGUCAGAAGGCUCCAUGUGAUCUUGCCCACUUCAAAAACAAACAGAUUAGCUUUGACAAUGAAAGACUGACUGUGAAAGAAAACGUCAUGCUGCCUUAUGAAAAACCACUAGCAGCAAGGGAACAACCCACAGUAUCACUCAAUGAACUGGAAAAUUCAAGUAUGUUAAACAGUCCCACUGAAGAAAAGAGCAACUCCAUUUCAGGCAUCUGCCAGAAGUCUCCUCUGAGGUCAGUCUCCUCAGGAAUUUGGACACACCAACAGGUUUCAUCCAGAAAAUUUGUACCAAUAUCCAGCAAAUUAAGCUAUUACCCUUUUCCUCAGAAAAAGACACCCAGGAUCUCAGAAGCUGCAAGAAGAUUGGGAUUAUAUGUCUCACCAUAAAAAAAAAUCAGUAAUGUGUAAAGUUUAGUUAAAAUUUAAAAUAAAAUUUCAGUUAAGUAAUUUUUCAAAGUAAUUUUGAUUUAUUUGCUAAGGAGCUUGUACUUUAUAUAGUAAGAAUUUGCAUGGGUCCAGGAAUGUAUUUUAGAGGUUUACAGAGUAAAAGGUCUGUUAGAUGAGUUGCAAUGUCAUAAAGCUUAUUGGACAAUAAAAAAUUGACACUUAGAGCAUUAUCAUGAUUAUUCAUACUAAUUUUGUAUCUUCAAAUAUAGGAACAACUAAUGUUAACUCAUUUUGCAAUGAUUUUUUUUCUAAAUCCAAAUUUUUGAUUUUUGAGGGACAAGAAUUCUAUCAUAGUGAGAUUACAAAUCAAUUGAAAAAGCUGUAGUGAAGAUUAUCACAUUCAAAAACAACUCAUGAAGCAAUUAGACUGAAUUCCAGCGCUGUAUAAUUCAGUUAGCUAUCUAAACAAGCAAAAAAUGAAUUGGGUUUUAGAACAACAAUAACAAGGGUGAUUAAUACAUUCUAAUUAAUCUUUGGUUUUAUUAUUCCUUUUUGUUUUCACAAGUUAUUUGAUUGGUUUUCCUGUUUGUAUUCUAAUUCAGUGAAUAAAACCAUCACACCAUAUUUCAGUUGCUGUUUUUAAUGGCAUUAAAUAUAGUAAAUAUCCAAAUACUUUACCUUUUCAUAAAUCCCUCAUACUACUAAUUGUGUUUCUUCCAACUGUGAAUUAGAAAUGCACCUAUCUUUUUGUUGUUGUUGCCAUAGUAAGAUGAAUUAGUCAGGAUGGCACAUGGUUAUCAGUCAAAGAACUGAUGCUAGUUAACAAAUGUACAAAAUAAACCAGAUAUACAGUAUGUCUUUCCAAGGGACAUGGUGGAAAAACAAUUUUGUGGGUCAUUUAAAAAUGGAAUGAGCAAAGACCUAGAAAAUACUGAACACUAUGUGGAAUUAUUUUGCAAAGGCCAGGGGAUGAGCUAGAAAACUUAGAACAUCAAUUCCAUGUCUUACUUCUCAUUCUUUGAUACUCUGUUUCAAAAAUAAGCUAUUGUGCUUCAAUAUUAGAUUUGGUACUGAAAUGCAAACUUUCCAUUUGACUUGUUGCACAGACAAAGCUACUGAAGGACUUUGUACAGGGAAAUUGAUCAGCACUUAUUUAGCAGAGUAUGAAUUUCAUAUAUUUUAGAGCUUUUAUAGCUACGACAAUAAAAAUCCCUCGUGGGGAUAUCCUAUUCUAGAAUAAAAGUAUAUACAGAAUAUAUAGUAUUUCAGCUACAUUAUGGGUUAAAAAGGCUUUUGUAGGCUACCCUGGGACUCUAAUAACAUUGUAUCUAUGGCCUGGUCUACACUAGUACCUGAGUCCGAAAUUAGCCCGAAUUUGUCAAAUUUGUAAGUGAUGCAUCCACACUACCGAGUCUUUUAUUUCAGAAUACAAGGCCGUGGAAUUCAAACUCUGCAGUCCUGCUUUUCAUGAAGAGUAAUGCUAUUCCCAAACCUGUAAGUUUGAAAUGACAUUAGUGUGGAUGCUCCAGUGCUGCUAAAUCAAACUUAUUGGCCUCUGUGAGGUUUCUCGCAGUUCCCUAGAGUCCUUCCUGUGACAUUGAUUCUGAGGUAGCAUGUCCACAUUAAUGAAGCCUGCCUCAGACUACAUUUGGUUCUUCCGUGUAGUGAGAACACAGAACUUUGAAUCUGUAAAAUUGGGUGCAAAGAAGUCAAACCUAGUAAAUUCAGACUAAUCACCUAGUGUAGACAUGGCCUAAGGGAAAAUGCAUUCCAAGUUCCAAAUAACUGACUUACAAACAAAAUUUUGGAACAUGACCCAUUUGUAAGUUGGGGACUUCUUGUACCAGUUGCCAUUCAACUUCCCCUCUAGACAAGCCUUCAAAUAAGAUCUGAAUAAGUGGGGCACUUGCUUUAUAAGACAAACUUCAAGGAAAUAGAGUUUCCAAAUAACCAUAAUAAUAUGAUAUUAAAACUGCUUUACAAAUAUUAAUGAACACUAUACAAAAUUAAUUGUACCAAACUUUUAACAGAAUCAUUUUAACUGUACAAGAUGUUUUGGGGUGAUUUUUGGUCUAGCUCUACAGUCAGUUUAUAGUUAUGGGUGUAAAUGUGGAAGUGAAUAAGUGUGUGAGGUUUUUGUCCUCUGAUUUAAGAGCCUGAUCCGGUUUCCAUUAAAGUCAAAGAUAGGAUACACAAUGAUUUCAAUGGUCACGCAAUGGAAGCCAAGAAAUCUUCAGUAAUUUAUUAUUUUUAAUGUUUUGAUUUUAUCAAUGAUCAAUUUAAGUCAAUAUAUUUUAAUUAGGCAAUAAUUAAAAGGCACAUAAAAUACACAUGCAGCAUAAUAUGAGAGGACAUAGCUAUGCCAACAUACAUUUUAAAUGCAAGACUUAUUCUUUUUACAUUAAAAUCUUUGUAGACUUCCUUGGAAUUUAAGGAGAGGCAAAUUACAACUAGAGACUUUACUAUGGUACUUAAUAUCCUUUUGAGCUGACUGGAACAAUUCAUAUACUUUAGAGCUUUUAUAUUAAGUUGUAUUCAUCUCAAUAAGGCAAUCUCUUUGAACUGCAAACACUCCAUUGAGAUACAUUUAUAUAAUAAAUUCAUAUUGUAUAGUUAUUGAAUCAGGCGUUGGUAAAGAUCAUGGGUUAAUUUCUAAGGCCUGAUCUACACUUAAAACUUAGGUUGAUACAGCUACUGAUCUCAGAGGGUACAGCUAGACUGCGGGGGGUUAUUGGGAUACCAGAGGUAUCCUGAAAAAACUCCGCCGAAUCCAGGGAACGUGUUUGCUCCUCCACAUUUUUUUUUUUUAUUUAUUUUUUGCAGAAGAGCAAAUGUGCUUUUUCGGAAGUCCCUGUAUUUCUUGUUCCAUGAGGAAUAGGGGGGCUUUCGAAAGAGGGUUUUUUCCUGAAAUCUGGCACAGUCUAGAUG